AAAAAUUAAAAAUUAACUGUUAAACGGUCUUCUCCUCUAUAUUUUUUUUUGGGUCCCCAGGUCUUCAACAAACCCCACCAAUAUUCAUCCCCAAAAAAUUGAAGAAUCAUCACCAUGAAAAUGGGUUGAUUCCUUUCUCUUUCUCUAGUUUUCGAGAUCCAUUUCUGGGUUUCUUUCAGAUUGUGCAUUGGUGGUGUUGAGGAGGAAGUUACAGGGCCAGAGAGGAGGAGGGUUUCGAUGGAAACGGCAUCGUUUGAGCAUGAGAUUCCAGAGGAUGUCACUUUGGCCCAAUUGUCUAAAUCUCCCAGGCUAAAGCUCAAACCUUCUUCUUCCUCUUCUUCCAAUUCGGCCAAGAAGAAGAACCUUAAGGAGAAAGAAGAAGAGCUUUGUAUUGUCAAGAAAAGGAAUCCUGAAAUUAAGUUUGUUGUAUCUGGCCAUUCCAGGAAUUCCUUGAAUACUCCUACACCAAGUAAGGCUGCAAUUCAUGCAUCACCCUUAUCUGGUGAAGCCAAGUCAUCUGCUGUGAUUCGAGGACAGGAGGUUCGAUCAAAUCUAGAGACCGAAUUCCCUAGUUUUGUGAAAUCUCUAGUUAGAUCACAUGUUGCAAGCUGCUUCUGGAUGGGGCUUCCUGGGCCAUUUUGCAAGUCACACUUACCAGAUGAAGAUACUACAAUCACUUUGGAGGAUGAGGACGGAAAACGAUAUCAUGUUAAAUACAUUGCAUACAAGACAGGGUUGAGUGCUGGUUGGAGACAGUUUUCUGUUGCACACAAAUUGCUCGAGGGAGAUGUUUUGGUCUUCCAAUUAGUUGAACCCACCAAAUUUAAGGUUUACGUAAUAAGGGCGAAUGAUUUGACUGAAGUGGAUGGAGCUCUUGGCCUCUUAAAUUUAGAUUGUCAAUCUAAACAGAGUGAUGCAGAUAAAGAUUAUGCAGAAUUGGGUGCAAUAGAAUGUCACAAUACAAACAGGAAACGUCAAAAGUCUCUUCCUUUAACUGUUGUCGAGAAGAAAAAGAAAAAGAAGACUGUUUCACCAAGAUCAGCUCCCCGUAAGCCAGCAGAUCAGUCUGAAAACGACAGUGAGGAAGUUGCAUCUGAAGUUUUGGAAGAGUCCAAGAUAUUAGGGCCAGCUUUUCAAUUUAAGGACAUGAAAUCUUUCAAGAAUUUCAAUAUUCUUGUAGAUGGAAUGCUUGUAGAUUCAGAGAUUCCUGAAGAUAUUAGAAGAGCAUAUUAUAAGCUCUGUUCCAGUCAAAAAGCUUUCCUUCAUGACAAUAUUAUCAAGGGAAUGAAUCACAAAUUGAUUGUUGGGACCAUCAUAGAGACUGUAAAAGUUGCUUCUGCCAUAAAAGCUUGCAAGCUUACUACCUCUCGCGGUGAUUUUGAAGCCUGGGACAAGUCUCUUAGAGCGUUCGAGCUUUUGGGCAUGAAUGUUGGAUUUCUACGUUCUCGACUGUCUCGUCUUACUGGUCUUUCCCGCGACUCAGAAGUCUGCGUAGAUGCAAAGAUGUAUGCUGAAUCAAGAAAAGAGCGAGCUGAAGUCGAAACUGGAAUGAAAGACAUCGAGACAAAGAUCGUGGAACUGAGAGUCGCAUGUGUUCGAUUUGAUGCAGCUAUUGAGAAACUAGGCUCACAAGCAGAAAGCUACGAGCACAAGUUCCACAAAGAGGUUAAAGCUCCUUGGUGACAUUGUCAUAAACGUUUAUGUACCCAAAAAUACAUACCAUAUCUCUUACUUUCCUCUAUAUAUUUCUCAUCUCUAAAAACAAGGAUGGCUGACAAUGUGUUGUGUGAUCAACCAUGGGAUUUUAGUUUUGACAAAAUCCACAAGCAAAUAUGUUAAUACUUAACUGUUUGCAGAUUUUCUGAUCCUUAUAGCAACCAAAACUCUCUUUUACUA